AAAUGCCCGAUUUAACAUCCUGCAGAAUCAGGGGAAGCGGGCGUUUCCAGUGAUAUACAACACAAAUGGUUUGUAAUCAUGCAUUAACUUUGGAAACGCAUUUUAAAAUAGAUGUUACGUCCUGUUAAUGGGGCACGUCAUCAUCGCGUUCAUUUGGGAAAAACUCCGUAACGAGACCUCAUGUCGUUACUAUUUUUAGAAAAAUGUCCGAACCAAAGGCUAGGAAAGAUAGACCAACUUGCCAAACCCAUUUUGUAUGUUUGAGGAAUCUCUGGAAAGUCUGAAAAAUGCCGUCGUCACCACCGAGAUCUGUUGUCAGUAUGAGGGAGCGAUCACCUAUGCGCGAUCGUGAUCGUGAUAAAGGCAGAACGGGUUAUGACAGCCACGGAAGUCGACGCAGGAGCAGAAGUCGUGAGCGUGACCGACCGAGACGUCGCAGUCGUAGUCGUGAACGACACAGGAGUCGUAGCCGAGACCGAGAUCGCAAUCGCCAGAGAGACCGCAACAGGGACACUGAUAGGAAGAAGAGAAAAGAGAGUGAAAAAACAAAGAAAGAAGUAAAGGAAGAGGAGGAGGAAGAGGCUAAGAAGGAAAAGAGAGUUCCCCUUUCUCUUGAGGAAAUGAUUGCAAAGAGGAAAGCUGAACAAGACGCGUUGAGCAAGCCUAAGUUUCUCACCAAGGAGGAGCGCGCAGCUGAGGCCAUCAAGCGACGCCAAGAGGUCAUCGAAGACAAGAGAAGACAACAGGAUGAGGAAAAACAAAAACAAAUGGAGUUUCUGCGAGCGGCCAAAGAUGUUGAUUUGCAUACUGGUUAUAAUGUUGGAUAUAUGAGACGGGAGAGAGAGAUGAGGGAGAGGGAAAGAGAGAGGGAUAGGGAUCGACGUGGGGAUUUGAAGCGAGAUGGAAGUGAGCAGAAGUCUGAUAGAGAUCGGGAGCGUGAGGAGGAGGCUAUAAAGGAGCGCUACCUUGGAAUUGUAAAAAAGAAACGCAGAGUUCGGAAACUGAAUGACAGGAAGUUUGUCUUCGACUGGGAUGCUGGUGAAGACACGUCCGUUGAUUAUAAUCCCAUCUACAAGGAAAGACAUGAGGUGCAGUUCUUGGGGCGGGGACAUCUGGCUGGGAUCGACAUCAAACAGCAGAAAAAAGAACAGGGCAAAUUCUAUGGUGAAAUGUUGGAACGGCGAAGAACAGAGGCAGAGAAAGAACAAGAAAAGAAACGUCUGAAGAAUGUAGCAAAACGAGAAGCGAAAGAAAAAUACGACGACCGUCACUGGACUGAUAAAAAGGCGGAAGAAAUGACAGAGCGUGAUUGGCGAAUCUUUAGAGAAGAUUACAACAUCUCAACAAAAGGCGGGAACAUUCCCGCACCCAUUCGCAACUGGAAAGAAGCAUCAUUCCCCAAGGAACUUAUUGAUACCAUCGACAAGAUCGGUUAUAAAGAACCGACUCCGAUCCAGAGACAAGCUAUUCCCAUUGGUCUACAGAAUCGUGACAUCAUUGGUGUGGCUGAGACUGGCAGUGGUAAAACUGCCGCCUUCCUCAUUCCGUUGUUAGUCUGGAUCCAGUCGCUGCCAAAAAUAGAAAGAUUAGAAGAUGCAGACAUGGGACCAUACGCAAUCAUUCUCUCACCAACUCGUGAGUUGGCACAACAAAUCGAAGAAGAGACGCUCAAAUUUGGCAAAUAUCUGGAUAUCAGGACCGUAGCAGUGAUUGGUGGUAUCUCUCGGGAGGAACAGGGAUUAAAACUGCGGCAAGGAUGUGAGAUCGUGAUCGCCACGCCAGGUCGUCUGAUUGAUGUGCUCGAGAAUCGUUACCUCGUGUUGGCACAGUGUACAUAUGUAGUCAUGGACGAGGCUGAUCGUAUGAUUGACAUGGGUUUUGAACCAGACGUCCAGAAAAUCUUGGAGUACCUCCCCGUCACGAAUAUGAAGCCUGAUACUGACGACGCUGAGAAUGAUAAGAUUAUGAUGGCCAACUUUGGUACAAAGAAAAAAUUCCGACAGACUGUCAUGUUCACUGCCACUAUGCCCCCUUUGGUUGAGCGCCUGGCAAGGAACUACUUGCGACGUCCAGCGGUGGUAUACAUUGGCUCAAUGGGUAAACCGACUGAGAGAACUGAACAGAUCGUCUACAUGGUCGGUGAGAAUGAGAAGAGGAAGAAGUUAUUGGGCAUCCUGCAACAAGGGAUCGAUCCUCCUGUUAUCAUCUUCGUCAACCAGAAGAAGGGAGCAGACAUCUUGGCUAAAUCACUUGAGAAAAUGGGUCAUAAUGCUGCCACUCUCCACGGUGGCAAAGGACAAGAACAGAGAGAGUUUGCUUUAGCAAGUUUGAAGGACGGUUCCAAGGACAUCUUGGUUGCUACAGAUGUUGCUGGGCGUGGUAUUGAUAUCAAGGACGUGUCACUGGUCAUCAAUUAUGAUAUGGCGAAAAAUAUCGAAGAUUACACCCAUCGUAUUGGUCGCACUGGACGCGCGGGCAAAACAGGUAUUGCCAUAUCAUUCCUGACGAAGGAUGACAGUAGCGUGUAUUACGAUCUCAAGCAGACGAUUCUAGAAAGUCCUGUCUCGCACUGCCCACCAGAACUGGCCAAUCAUCCAGAUGCUCAGCAUAAGGGCGGCUCGAUGCAAGGCAAGAAGAAGGGUCAUGACGGUUUCAAAAAGCACGACGGCUUUAAGAAACACGAUGGAUUUAAGAAGCAUGAUGGAGGUUUCAAAGGGAAGGGAAAGAUGUGAUGAGUUUUGGAGACGUCUCUGAGAAGUACAGAUUGGUGAAGAACGAGGAACACGUUAGCUCGGUUGAGCAGAUUUCGUGUAUCACUUCACGGAGAAGAUUUUGAGGAUAUGACUUUGUGCAUUUCUCUUAAGUGCUUCGGCCAGAGGCGUAGUCAGUUGCAGAAUUACUUUUGAGAAAAGGGCAACGUUUGUUAUGUUAAUGAAGAACAAAACUGUCUUGGCAGGUACAUGAAUGUACAUGUAUGCUGUAGCUUUGAGUGAGGAGUGCCACACGAAGAUGUAUGAACUGAUGUGCUAGUAGAUUUGUUUUUUUAAAGGGGACUGUAGGUAGCAUCGGGCUAGCCUACCUACUGCUAGAUCAGUAAUCUCCAAGUGAUUCUACCCAUAUACAGUCAGUAAUCAAGACAUUUUACAGUAAAAUUGGCUUCUUGAAAAGAGAAUUGAUAGAAUCCUGAGAGUCACACUGAUCAUGUGUAAGUGUAUGCAGUGCAUGCAUCACAAUACAAAUCAAAGUGUUUGCUGUACAUUUAUCAAACUGUAUUCAUAUCCAUGCCCGCUACUUUAUUGUAAUAAAUGCUAG